AUGGACGAGGAUCAGGGCCCAUCCCAAAUCGUGCCUCAACACGAACCGAAAAAGACCUUGAGCAGCCGACUUAAUGGAGUCAAGAAGACGUUUUUUACGAAACAAGGGCUUGUGGGCGACUACGAUUAUGCCUUUCUUCUCAGGCCAAAUCUACCGUUUAUGAAGAGGUCUCGACAAGCUUCACCUUUCUUCGGCCUCAACGAUAAGAUGCCGGUCGUUUUGGCAUUUGUACUUGGUCUUCAACAUGCUCUAGCCAUGUUGGCUGGCAUUAUCACGCCUCCCAUUCUCAUGUCGGGAUCAACCGGCGUUAACUUCCCUGUCGAUAUGCAGCAGUAUCUCGUCUCCACGGCCCUGAUCGUGUCUGGUAUACUCUCCAUGAUCCAGAUCACUAGAUUUCACAUCUACAAGACACCAUAUUAUAUUGGAACAGGACUUAUCUCCGUUGUCGGUAUCUCAUUUUCCAUCAUCCCCGUCGCCCAGGGGGCGUUUGCGCAAAUGUACGCCAAUGGUUUCUGUCCGACUGACGCCGACGGCACGAAGCUUCCAUGUCCCGAUGCUUACGGUGCGCUUCUCGGGACAGCGGCGGCGUGCGCCCUCAUCGAAGUGCUCAUCGCUUUUAUACCGCCUAGCAUCAUGUUGAGAAUUUUUCCUCCUAUCGUUACCGGUCCGACAGUGAUGUUGAUCGGAAUCAGCCUCAUCGAAACUGGUUUUAAGAAUUGGGCCGGAGGCAGCGGGCCCUGCGCGGACGCCACGCACGCAGCGUUCUUCGACGUCUGUCCUAAUGUAGGCGCCCCUCACGCCUUGCCAUGGGGGUCGCCAGAGUAUCUAGGUCUUGGUUUCUCCGUCUUUCUCACGGUCAUUCUCUGCGAACGCUUCGGGGCUCCGAUCAUGAAGUCUACGAGUGUCAUAAUCGGUCUCCUCGUCGGCUGCAUUAUCGCUGCUGCGACGGGUUAUUUUGACCGUUCGGGAAUCGAUGCCGCCCCGGUUGCCUCUUUCAUAUGGGUUCACACAUUUAAGCUUACCGUGUAUGGACCCCUAGUCCUACCUGUGCUGGCAGUUUUCAUCAUCUGUGCGUGUGAGUCCAUCGGUGACAUUACGGCCACAUGCGACGUGUCGCGCCUCGAAGUAGAAGGAAGGAUGUACGAAUCCCGUAUCCAAGGUGGUGUGCUGGCCGACGGCCUAAACGGCAUCCUCGCUGCUCUUAUGACGAUUACACCCAUGUCUACCUUUGCCCAAAAUAACGGUGUCAUCGCUCUUACGCGAUGUGCGAAUAGGACAGCUGGAUACUGCUGCUGUUUCUUCCUGAUAAUAAUGGGGGUUUUUGCGAAAUUUGCCGCCGCUCUCGUCGCUAUUCCUUCUCCCGUCCUCGGGGGCAUGACUACGUUUCUAUUCUGUUCAGUAGCCGUAUCGGGCAUAGCAAUCAUAUCAAGGGGAGUCCCGUUCACUCGUCGAAAUCGAUUCAUCUUGACUGCCGGAUUGUCGUUCGGAUAUGGAGCGACUUUGGUUCCGACUUAUUUUUCAAAUGUCUUUAGCUAUAGCGGCGACAAUAGAAGCCUUCAGGGAUUCCUAGAUGCUAUCGUGUUGAUUAUGGAGACAGGUUUUGCUGUUACCGCGUUUGUCUGCAUCAUUCUCAAUCUCGCACUAGAAGAAGAGAUAGAAGAGACGAACGAGAAGUUGGUGGCUACCGACGAACCUAUAGCGUCUAAGGGUACAGUCACCAAUCGUCAGAGCAUAGAUAGUAGCAGGAAUGCCUCGGGUCAUGAGAAACAGGGUUGA